AUGAGAGAAGUCAACUUCAGCAUCCCAAAUGUCAACAAGGCAUCUGUGGGCAUCACAACUGCGUUGUAUGACCGCCGGGCGCUCGACUGCACCUCUACCCUUCCCCUGAUUAAUUCUCUCAACCACCUCGCGUACCUCACGACAUCCUCGGCGCGUAUCCGAGAUAUCUUGACGGUCGAUGGCGGCAUCGAACGCCUCGUCUGCAUCUUGAAACAGGGCAGAAGCAAAGACAUGAUGGGCAUGUGGAAAUGGAACCUCGCAUUUCAAUGUGUUGUCAACAUCGGCGUGCGCGGAACCGAGAAUGUCCGCACGCGCGUUGUCGAGGCCGACAUGGUCCCUGUCAUCGCAACCAUUCUUGACAAUUACAUAAAAGUUAUUGAUCGAUGCCGUGAGAAGGCGGACGAGGCGAAACAGAAGCAGAUACACGAGCAUCAUCACCGACACCGAAGUCACGACCACCGCCAACCAUCCAGGCCUUCAAGUCUAUUUGCCAAUAGAGCUUUACGCAAUGAAACCGAACACAGAAUAAUCCGAAGACAAGGGCUGCCUCCAUCGAUAGACAUUGCAGCUAGCUACGCAGGACCGUCUACUGCUACUCAACGAGGAUCGGAAGCGUCCUCUGCAUCAUCCCCUGCCAGACAAGGGACUUCAGACCGUCUAGCCGUUACGCCAACCCGCCAUCGCCACAGUUCUCGAGCCACCGACGGUCAACCUACUACCUUUCGACAAUUAGUUAUCCAACCACUAGCGCCUGCUGUCCCGAUGAUGGAAGUCGCCGAUGGACUUCUGCGCCCUGUGAGAGAUGCCGACCGCUUAGCAUCCGUGACGCUGCUAGCGCAGUCUGAAUUUGUGUCCCAGCCAACCUCCCCAACAACACCGCUGCCUCCACCUCAACUACGCUCUCCGACCGUACUACCAACUGCAAACAUCGACGAGGAAACCCCACAGCGCCGGAGGCCUUCGAUUCGUCAUCAGAACUCCACCGCUGAAGUUGACGAUAUGAAUAAUGAUAGUAUGCCGUCCGAUGAAGCCCCAGAUGCUGAGAUGACUGGAACCGGAGAUAUUCGAUCGGCUGUCGGAAUACAGGACCUCACGAUGGAUGAUAGCGAGGGGAUGUUGGCUACCGAGUCGCUCGAACUGACAGGUGCAACUGUCUCCGAGACGCAGGACACUGGCGCUUUCAACAUCACUCACCGUUCCCCCAUCGACGGAAGCAUUGGCAGUGAUGUAGCUCCUACUCCAGUGGCACCGAUUGGGCUCUCCCCAAACCGCCCUUCCAUGGUCUCACCCCCCCAACCAAAUGCGCAAACAUCAUCGGUGCCAAGAUACCUGCUGGAUCGUCAUUUCGUACCAAAUCCACAAAUGUUGGCUGUCAUGCCAAGAGAAGAAGAUGUUCUCAUGUCGCUGCAGCUUCUCGCCUAUGUUUCAAAAUAUUGUGGGCUUCGCUCAUAUUUCCAAAACAGCCAUCUGGUCCCUAGGCUGGCCAUUGGCAAAGACCUUGCGGCCCUCGAUGGGGAAGGUGAUGGAGAGGAGAUUGACGAUUCUGUGGCCGUCGAUGAAGAAUACCUCUUGCCAAACGACUUCAAUCUCUUCCCGUUGGUUGAGAAGUUUACGGUCAGAUAUCACAGCACCGACAUGCAAUAUUGGGCCGGCGUGGUUAUGCGGAAUUUAUGUCGCAAAGACGAUACCCGCGGUGGUAUUCGACAUUCGCAAAAUGUCGCCGAUGUCGCCGCACGAAAUAUUGCAGCAAAGAGUGCCAAAAGAGCGCCUGGUCCUUUCACCGCCAUUGCUAAUGCGGCCACGUAG